AUGGAGCUUGGUGGAAGCGAGGUGACUUGCUUAGAAUCCUUAGCAAGGAAGCUCAGGAGGGCGGGAACUCCACAGCCCUCCGGGAAUCUAGGACUCCGAAGCCCUUUGGCAGGCAACAACUGGCCGGCGGCAUCUCCCCCACGCAUGCUGGAUUCAGGCUCCAGCAGCAAGCUGCCAGGGCAGCGGGCUGCGCUAACCCCCUCCCCGCCUGUAGGCGUGAAGGCCCCUCUGUGGAGGAAGGAGGUGGAGGAGCCUGAGGCCAGGGAGGAGGAGCUGGAGGAUGAGUCGUCCUCGUCUUCAUCGUCGGAGGUGGAGAGGCCGGACCCGGAGAGCGCUGCAGCAGCGGAGGUCGAGGAGGACGCCUGUGAUGCGGAGGAGCGCGAGGCUCGCUCUGUGUCCUACUGCCCUCUGCGCCAGGAGUCCAGUAGCCAGCAGGUGGCGCUGCUGCGACGCUCGGACAGCAGUUUCUGGGGCUGGCUAAGCCCGUUCGCGCUGCUGGGUGGCCUAGCGGGCCCCGCGGACAGGAAGCGUGGUGCCCCGGAAGAACGGUGUGUGUUGGAGACGCGGCGGCGACCACCGCGCCGAGGGGGCUGUGCGCGCUGCGAGAUCCUGUUCUGUAAGAAAUGCAAGAGCUUGCAUAGCCACCCGACCUACAUAGAGCACUGUAUUCUGGAGCACCCUGACCCGGGUAAUGCGGAGGCCGCUGGGAGUUCUGAGCUCAUCUUCUCCCAACCUCUGGGCCCGCAAUGCUCCAAACUCUUCUAUCUCUAGUGCGGCCCGCAGAGCUGUCCUUUCAAGCCGACGGCCCUAGCGCCUCCUUCCGUUAAGAAGGCCCACUGUCGGUUCACGGUUCCACCUGUUGUCUCUCCGAACUACAACAGAACCUGGCCACUACUCCCCCAGACAAUACCCAUCACCUACAGCCCUCCUGACCCACGCCUCCAACACAGCCUCACGUGCAUUUUUUUCAGGUCCGUCGGAACAGGCGAAUAGAGGCAUCGCCUGGAGAAAAAUAGCCUCGGAAUUCCCUCAGCCCUCUAAGAAAUUGUUUCUUUCCCUCAAACCCCUCAAUAAAGUCUUGAAUCAGA